AUGGGAAUUAACAGAGUUGGGUUAAAAGGCCCUCUAGCGACUCCAAUUGGUAAAGGCCAUCGUUCGCUGAAUUUAGCAGUUAGAAAAGAAUUCAAUCUUUACGCCAAUGUUAGACCAUGUCGCUCUUUGGUGGGUUUUAAAACACUCUAUAAUGAUGUCGACGUUGUAACUAUCAGAGAAAACACUGAAGGAGAAUAUUCAGGAAUUGAACAUCAGAUUGUUGGUGGCGUUGUUCAAAGCAUUAAAUUAAUAACGGAAAAAGCUUCAAGACGCAUUGCUAAAUAUGCUUUUGAUUAUGCAAAAGAUAAUCGUCGAAAAAUGGUAACUGCUGUGCAUAAAGCAAAUAUAAUGCGCAUGUCAGAUGGUCUGUUCUUAAAUAUGUGUCGUGAACAAGCAGCAAAUUAUCCUAGUAUAAAAUUUACGGAAGCGUAUUUGGAUACUGUUUGUCUGAAUAUGGUUCAAAAUCCGAGUCAGUACGACGUAUUGGUAAUGCCUAAUUUAUAUGGAGAUAUUUUAUCAGACUUGUGUGCAGGCUUAAUUGGAGGUCUUGGCGUUACUCCUUCCGGAAAUAUUGGUGAGAAUGCAGCCAUUUUUGAAUCAGUUCAUGGUACAGCACCAGAUAUUGCUGGAAAGGACAAGGCGAAUCCCACUGCUUUGCUGUUAUCAGCAGUGAUGAUGUUGCGUUAUUUGGGAUUGCUAGUAUAUGCCAACAGGAUAGAAAAAGCAUGUUUUGACGCAAUUAAAGAAGGCAAAGAAGUUACUGCUGAUUUAGGUGGAAAUGGUACGUGUUCAUCGUUUACAAACGAUAUUUGUGCACGUAUACGAAAUAUGGAUUAA